GAGCAGGGCCAGCCCAUUGUACAAGGAUGAAGAGCCACACCCAGGAGGGCAUAAAGCGAUGCCCACCCAUUCCCAAGUAGAAUGAGCACCCUGGGAAGGAGGAUGCCCAGGCACCACCAGGGCUGCUGACCCUCAGCCUGCAGACCACGAAGAGCAGAAGGACCCUGGCCUCUCAAUUGUGAAGGGUCCCCUUCCCCCGCAGCUCCACCAUGAGGCUCCUCGCGGCCCCCCUCUUGCUAGCUUGGGUGGCUGGUGCCACCGCUGCCGUGCCUGUGGUGCCCUGGCGUGUGCCCUGCCCACCCCAGUGCGCCUGCCAGAUCCGGCCCUGGUACACACCCCGCUCAUCCUACAGAGAGGCCACCACCGUGGACUGCAAUGACCUCUUCCUGACAGCCGUGCCCCCGGCACUACCCGAGGGGACGCAGACUCUGCUCCUGCAGAGUAACAGCAUCGUCCGUGUGGACCAGAGCGAGCUGGCCUACCUGCCCAACCUCACAGAACUGGACUUGUCUCAGAACAGCUUCUCCGAUGCCCGUGACUGUGACUUCCGGGCCCUCCCCCAGCUGCUGAGCCUGCACCUGGAGGAGAACCAGCUGAGCCGGCUGGAGGACCACAGCUUUGCCGGCCUGGCCAGUCUACAGGAACUCUAUCUCAACCACAACCAGCUCUACCGCAUCGCCCCCCGGGCCUUUGCAGGCCUCGGCAACCUGCUACGGCUGCACCUCAACUCCAACCUGCUGAGGGCCAUUGACAGCCGCUGGUUCGAGAUGCUGCCCAACUUGGAGAUCCUUAUGAUUGGUGGCAACAAGGUGGAUGCCAUCCUAGAUAUGAACUUCCGGCCCCUGGCCAACCUGCGCAGCCUGGUGCUAGCGGGCAUGAGCCUGCGGGAGAUCUCUGACUACGCCCUGGAGGGGCUGCAAACCCUGGAAAGCCUCUCCUUCUAUGACAACCAGCUGGCCAGAGUGCCCAGGCGUGCCCUGGAGCAGGUGCCCGGACUCAAGUUCCUAGACUUGAACAAGAACCCGCUACAGCGGGUGGGGCCGGGAGACUUUGCCAACAUGCUUCACCUCAAGGAGUUGGGGCUCAACAACAUGGAGGAGCUGGUCUCUAUUGACAAGUUUGCCCUGGUGAACCUGCCCGAGCUGACCAAACUGGACAUCACCAACAACCCCCGGCUGUCCUUCAUCCACCCCCAAGCCUUCCAUCACCUGCCCCAGAUGGAGACGCUCAUGCUCAACAACAACGCCCUCACUGCCUUGCACCAGCAGACGGUGGAGGCCCUGCCCAACCUGCAGGAGGUGGGGCUCCACAGCAACCCCAUCCGCUGCGACUGUGUCAUCCGCUGGGCCAACGCCACGGGCACCCGCAUCCGCUUCAUCGAGCCACAGUCCACCCUGUGUGCCGAACCCCCAGAUCUCCAGCGUCGCCCCGUGCGGGAGGUGCCCUUCCGGGAGAUGACGGGCGACUGCCUGCCCCUCAUCUCCCCCCGCAGCUUCCCCUCCCGCCUCCAGGUGGCCAGUGGGGGGAGCACGGCCCUCCACUGCCGAGCACUGGCUGAGCCCGAACCCGAGAUCUACUGGGUCACUCCAGCUGGGGUUCGACUGACACCUGCCCACGUAAGCAGGAGGUACCGGGUGUACCCCGAGGGGACCCUGGAGCUGCGGAGGGUGACUGCGGAGGAGGCAGGGCUGUACACCUGUGUCGCCCACAACCUGGUAGGGGCUGACUCUAAGACGGUCACUGUGGCGGUGGGCCAUGCUUCCUUCCAGCCAGCCAGGGACGAGGACCAGGGACUGCAGCUCCGAGUACAGGAGACUCAUCCCUAUCACAUCCUGCUGGCUUGGGUCCCUCCACCCAACGUAGUGUCCACCAACCUCACCUGGUCGAGCGCCUCUUCCCCCCGGGGCCGGGGAGCCGCUGCUCUGGCUCGCCUGCCCCAAGGCGUCCGCAGCUACAACAUGACCCGCCUCCUUCAGGCCACAGAGUACUGGGCCUGCCUGCAAGUGGCCUUUGCCGAUGCCCACACCCAGUUGGCCUGCGUGUGGGCCAGGACUAAAGAGGCCUCACCUUGCCACCGAGCCCCAGGGGGCCGGCCCGGGCUCAUAGCCAUGCUAGCUCUCGCCAUCCUGCUGGCGGCUGGGCUCGCCGCCCGCCUCGGCGCAGGCCAGCCCAGGCAGAGAGUAGGUGGGCGGCCCCUCCUUCCAGCCUGGGCUUUCUGGGGCUGGAGUACCCCCUCAGUCCGAGUGGUGUCUGCUCCCCUUGUCCUGCUGUGGAACCCAGGGAGGCGGCGUCCAGAUCCUCAGAAGGGGAAAGGCUAUCACCCCCACUCGAGCACUCCUGAAACGUGGCCAUUACUCAGCGACAGAGAAAGAACGAGGAUAACUUUUUGGUUUUGUACCAAAAGGGAAGUGAUGACCUGAGCCAGGUACCCUGCCAGGAAAGUGGAUGGACCCACGCACUUAAGGCCUGGCAGCUGGACCAUGACACACGGGGCUUGGCACUUCAGGGGUACACCUGCGGCCUCCUGAAAGUGGCUCUUACAUUCUGUGGGUCCUCUGCUGGCAUUGUGAGGAAUCUCCAAGGAACAGGAAGGACUCUGGCCAGAGCCUCCCCCCUCCCCAUCUAUCUCUGUGCCCAGGGGCUGCUGGGCCUCUGCUUGGUUGUCCCCUGCCUGUGUCCCCCGGCCUUUGGCCUGCAGGAUGCACACCCCCCUCCUCUUCCCUUUCUUUGUACAGUCUCAGUUGCUUGCUCAUUCCCCUCCUGGGCAAGGGCUGAAAAGAGGCCUCUCCUUCCCAUCUUUGGGGGUCCCAACCCCAAAGUGGAAGUGACCUACAGCUGGAUCUGAUGGACAUUUGGGGAGAGGGUGCCCAGGAAUGCCUCAUCCCCCAGCCUGGGAUCUCGGAAGCAGACUUUCUAUAAGGCAAUUUUGUACCUUUGUGGAGAAAUGUGUCACCUGCCCCCAACCCAAUUCACUCUUUUCUCCUGUUUUGUAAAAAAUAAAAAUA